AUGAACCCCGAGCUCGAGGCUUUUGCGCGAGCCAUAUCGCGUGUCCUGGGCUGGGCCUACUUUCUUGCUUGGUCCUUGUCCUUCUACCCUCAGCCCAUAUCCAACUACGUCCGCAAGUCCACCCUUGGCCUUGCAAUCGACUUUCCUACCUUAAACGUCCUCGGCUUCACCUGCUACACCAUUUCCACCGCUUCGUUCCUCUACUCUCCCACCAUAAAAGCGCAAUAUGCCCAACGACACCCCGAAGCUCCUGUUACAACGGUGCGAUUCAAUGAUUUUCUGUUUGCUGCUCACGGUGCAGUCAUGUGCUUCAUCAUAUACAGCCAAUUUUUCGAGCCCAUAUGGGGUUUUGAAGUGGGCAAGAGGCAAAGAGUGAGCCGCGUUGUGUUUACCGUGUGGUGGGCAUGUGUCGCUGUCAUAUUUGCAGUUGUACUGUUGGUCCGCUUCAAAGGCCAGAACGGAGGCUACAACGCUGAUGGAUGGGCUUGGAUCGAUGUGAUCUACACUCUCGGCUACGUCAAACUCCUUACGGUUUUCCUCAAAUAUAUACCGCAAGCAUGGGUCAACUACAAACGCAAGUCCACCGUUGGCUGGAGCAUCUAUCCCAUGCUGCUAGACUUUGCUGGCGGCUGGCUGUCACUUGCACAGCUAUGCAUCGACUCUGCACUGGAAAACGACUGGAGCGGUGUGACUGGCAAUCCAGUCAAGUUCGGCCUUGGCAACAUUACCAUCGUCUUCGAUGUCAUCUUCAUGGUGCAGCAUUACGUCCUGUAUCGGCAUGCCUCUGAGAAAAGGGUCGAGGACGAAGAGGAGUCCGAGGCGCUAGUCGGGGCCAUGCGAGCUUAG